CGGCGGUGCCGAGCGUGCACCAGAGCCUGCCCGAGAUGGACUUCGAGCGGGGGAUCUGGGCGGCGGCGCGGGACGGGGACGAGCCGCGGGUGCUGCAGCUGCUGGAGCGCCGCGGGGAGCCCAGCGAGACCGACCUGGCGGGGUACACGGCACUGCACUACGCCAGCCGUAACGGGCACCUGGGGGUCUGCCGCCUGCUGCUGGAGCGCGGCGCCCGCUGCGACGCCCGCACCCCCGGCGGCGCCACCGCCCUGCACCGCGCCUGCUACUGCGGCCACCUCGCCGUGGUCCGGCUCCUGCUGGCGCACGGCGCCGACCCCGCCGCCGCCGACGGCGACGGCCGCACCGGGCUGCACAAGGCGGCCGAGCGCGGCCACCGGGACGUCUGCGCCCUGCUCCUGCAGCUCGACCCGGCGCUGGCGGCUGCCCGCGACGCCAGGGGACGGCGGCCCUGCGACACGGCGGACCCCGCGCUCCGGGACCUGCUGGAUGGCUGAGGGGGGACGCGGUGAGGCCGGCGCGGACGGGGGGGGGGGGGACCCGCGGGGCUCUGUCCCUGCUGGAAAACAAAAAUACAAACUGAGGUCCUGGCACCAAAA